AUGGCGGUGAGCGGACGGGGAUACGUCCCGGCGCGCGCGGACGCGAUGGAUGGAAUGGAGGUCCUCGCGAACGGCGCGGCGAGCGACGCGGCGACGAUGGACGCGAUCGUGUUCGCGGUGUGCGAGGAAGACGUGAACGCGGAGACGAGCGCGAUCGAGAGCGAGGCGCUGCGGGCGUUCGACGCCAGGAGCGGUGGCGCGGUGUCGGAGAUGAUGGCGGAGGGGGAGUUCAAGGGAAAGGCUGGUUCGUCCGCGUUCUCGCGGGCGAGAGGUGGGAACGCGAAGCACGUCGGGGUGGUUGGACUCGGGAAGCGCGAGGAACGUGGGGUGAGCGUGAUGAUGGCGCUCGGGUCCACGGCGGCGGCGCACGCGCAAAAGAGCAAGUGCGCGACGCUCGGAAUCGCGGGCGCGGCUGGGUUCGAGAACGCCGUCGCGGCGGGGGCGUAUCUCGGCGCGACAGAUGAUCAGCGAUUCAAGUCGAAGCCGCAGGCAAAGACGUUGAAGACAGUGUCUCUGUUGGACGUCACCGCCGACGUGUCAGCGGGUAAGGCGCGCGCCGUCGGCGUGCAGUUAACCAAGGAACUCGUGGCGGCGCCGCCGAACGUCGUCACCCCGACCGCGCUCGCGGAAACGGCGAAGGAAAUCGCGGCCAAGCACUCGGACUGCAUGACGGUGAAGAUCUUAGAAAAGGCUGACUGCGAAAAGCUCGGCAUGGGAUCGUACUUGGGCGUCUCUGAAGCCUCAGAUGAACCGCCCAAGUUCAUUCAUCUAACGUACAAGGGUGCGGGCAGCGAUUUGAAGAAGGUUGCCGUCGUGGGCAAGGGUUUAACCUUUGACAGCGGUGGCUACAACCUCAAGGCUGGUGCGGGAUCGAUGAUUGAGAUGAUGAAAUUCGACAUGGGUGGCUCGGGUGCCACGCUUGGCGCCGCCAAGAUCAUCGCACAGACCAAGCCCGCGGGCGUUGAAGCGCACUUCAUCAUUGCCGCUUGCGAAAACAUGAUUGGUUCUCGCGGCUUGCGACCGGGUGACAUCUUGACCGCUUCCAACGGUAAGACGAUCGAGGUGAACAACACCGACGCCGAAGGUCGUUUGACUCUCGCCGACGCUCUUGUGUACGCCGAUAAGACGUGCGGUGCGACCGCCAUUGUGGAUUGCGCCACGCUUACCGGCGCCAUCAUCGUCGCCCUCGGCGACGAAAUGGCGGGCCUCUUCUCGCCGAAGGACGACGCGGCCAAACGUGUCGAAGCCGCAGCCAAGGCGGCGGGUGAGGAUCUCUGGCGCAUGCCCAUGCCGGACUCCAUGUGGGCCAUUAUGAAGUCUGAGAUCGCCGACAUGAAGAACACCGGGACUCGCGGCGGCGGCUCCAUCACCGCCGCGCUCUUCUUGAAGCAAUUCGUCGACGAAAGCGUCGAGUGGUCCCACGUUGACCUCGCCGGUCCGGUGUGGAACGACAAGAAGGGUGGUGCCACCGGUUACGGCGCCGCCACGUUCGCUGAGUGGGUCGCCUCGCACGGCAAGUAA